AUGGCAGACAUCUCUUUGCACACUCCUGUCCCAGACGCCGCCAAGGACGCCAUCAUAUCCAAGCUGCGUGGCUCUCCAAACGCUUUGUCGCCGCAAGAGCCGCGCCCGGGUGGUCCGAGCUUCUUGUCCACAGCCUCUCCGAAUGAGGCAGCAGCGCCACCACAAGCUACAGCGGAAGACAUCAAGACUGUCUCGCUGAAAGAUCAUGCCUUCCAAGAACCGCGCAAACGCAUCGUCUCUCCCUCAUCGCUCACCAGGUUCGAACAAUCGGAAGCCUUUGCCGAGAUCCUCGCCUUCAUCCGGGUCUGCAACACCAGCGUCGUGGGAAAGACGCUGACAGAAGAAAUCACCACGUCUCCGGCGUGUCGUGCCAUUCUCGAUAUCCUCAACGAGGUAGCUGCGCUGCGAAAGGCAACGCCGCCCGAUGCUUCCGUCGGAUCAUCCAGGUUUGGCAACCCAGCUUUCCGCACCUUCUACGCCAAGAUCCGCGACAACAAUGACCGUCUCCAUCGUAUGCUUCCAGGCCUGGAAAACGACAACGACGCAUCGCGCUCAGCACGUGCAGAGCUUUCCGUCUACUUCCAGGAGAGCUGGGGUAACCAAAAGCGGAUUGACUACGGCAGCGGUAUGGAACUCAAUAUAGCCUGCUGGUUACUCUGUCUCUGUAAAUUGCGCAUCCUGCGUCUCCCCGAGGAUGGCGCGGCGAUUGUGCUUCGCAUCUUUUGGACCUACAUCCAGGUGAUGCGCGACAUUCAAUCCUCCUACUGGCUCGAGCCUGCUGGCAGUCACGGUGUUUGGGGACUUGACGACUAUCACUUCUUGCCAUUUCUUUGGGGAGCGGGUCAGCUCAGCAACCAUCGUCACCUGCGGCCAAAGGCGAUCCACGACCCCGAGAUCGUCGACGAGUUCGCGCCUAAGUACAUGUAUCUGGCCUGCAUCCAAUUCAUCAACUCGGUCAAGACAGCCUCGCUGCGCUGGCACUCGCCCAUGCUCGACGAUAUUUCGGGCGCAAGGUCGUGGAGCAAGGUCAACGAAGGUAUGAUCAAGAUGUACCGUGCCGAGGUGCUCAAAAAGCUUCCUAUCGCCCAGCACAUCUUCUUCGGCAGCUUGAUCCGCUUCCCAGAACCGACCGCGGGUCAACUCGAGGAGGAAGACGUGCAAGAGGACGCUCACGGCCACAUCCAUCCCGCUGGCAAACCGCAUGCACACGGCUCGGGCGAAGGCCAGGCGGCAGGCUGGGGUGACUGCUGCGGCAUUCCCAUCCCAAGUGCAUUCGCAGCUGCCGCCGCCGAGCAAGAGAAGCAGCGCCAACAAGGAUUCAAUUCGACGAUGCGUGGCGAAAGGCCGUUUGGAACAGGCGUCCGACGGAUUCCUUUUGAUUAG